GAGUAGGAACUAACACAUUCUACAGUGUUAAAAUAGAAGGUCCCCACUUUGACUUUCUGGUGAUUUCAGGUGUACACAGAUCCCGGAUUUUUUUUUUUAAUUGAAUAACCUGUAUCCUGCUGACCGAGAAACCAGAUUUGAGUUCUCUUUUUUUUUUUCCUUCCUUCCUUCCUUCCUCAUUGGAAGAGCACAGUAGUGGCUCCCUGUUCACUUCAAUGUCAGUUUGCUGCUAAUGGGUGUAAGUAAAUUAGACGUCUUGUACAGAAAGCUUCUCCUCACUAAACUUUUCAUCAGAGGAUGGGGAAAGCCAGAGGAUCUGAAAAGAAUAUUUGAAUUCAGAAAGAUUAUUGGAAACAGGGAAAAAUGCCAGACGCUCGUUUCGAGAGAUUACCCAGUGUUCAUUGACAAGGUUGAGGAGCAAUCUGACUGUAAAAUCCUUGAGGGGCACUUCAUUUCCCCGUUGGCUCAUUAUGUCCCAGGUAUCCUGCCAGUUGAAUCUCUUGUAGCAAGGAUGCUGGAAAUGAAGGAUACUAUAGUGUUUGUUUCUCAUAGAUUUCAGUUCAUCAUACCCAGAAGAUGGAAUAGCAAGCACAGACCUGUGUGCAUUCAUUUAGCAGGCACUGGAGAUCAUCACUUCUGGAGGAGACGCACAUUAAUGGCACGCCCAAUGAUUAAAGAAGCCUGUAUGGCUUCCCUAUUGCUAGAAAAUCCUUAUUAUGGCUGUAGAAAACCUAAGGAUCAAUUACGGUCAUGUUUAAAAAAUGUCUCGGACCUGUUUGUGAUGGGAGGAGCUCUUGUUCUAGAAUCGGCAGCUCUUUUGCACUGGCUAGAGAGAGAAGGCUAUGGACCGCUAGGGAUGACUGGAAUAUCCAUGGGAGGACAUAUGGCUUCACUGGCAGUGACAAACUGGCCUAAACCACUGCCGUUGAUUCCGUGUCUUUCCUGGUCAACAGCUUCUGCAGUCUUUACUACGGGUGUGUUGAGCAAGGCAGUGAACUGGAGAGAGCUAGAGAAACAGUAUUUUACACAAACUGUUUAUGAAGAAGAAAUCAUUCAAAUGCUUGAAUACUGUGGUACGGAUUCUUUCAAGAUGGGACAAGACUUUGUUAAAAACUUCCCUGACAGUGUGGACAGUCUGGAGGAUGUGGAUGUGACUUCCAGAAUGUUCAACCUUGAUUCCUCAAACAAGACUGUGUCUAAAGAAGCUGUUCACAGCUUUACCACAAAUAAAAGUACUCUAAGUGCCUCAUCAGAAAGACUCUUAAUACACGAUGCUCCUAAAAUGCAGUGCAUAAAUCAAACAUUUUCAACCAGUAGCAAUAGCAAUAAAAACUUAACCAGCCAACAAGGACACAGGAUAAAUAAAAGAAGGAAGAGUGACACUUUACAGAGAGAAUCCUUAAGGUUCAUGAAAGGAGUAAUGGAUGAAUGUACCCAUGUAGCUAACUUCUCAGUUCCAGUUGACCCAAGUUUAAUCAUAGUUGUACAAGCUAAGGAGGAUGCAUAUAUUCCUCGAACUGGGGUGCGCAGUCUUCAAGAAAUCUGGCCCGGAUGUGAAAUUAGGUAUCUGGAUGGAGGUCAUGUCAGUGCCUACCUCUUCAAACAAGGACUCUUUAGACAAGCGAUUUAUGAUGCAUUUGACCGCUUUCUUCAGAAAUAUGCAGUUUAAAAAUCUUCAUAAUAUAUUCAAACGGAUCUCAUUUGUACUUCCACUUACUGGAACUCAUAUUUGGAAAACAAGCCUCUUGCAACGUUGAAUAGAUGGUCCCUGGCUUUGACUGUUGUAGGUAACAAUUAUCAAAAAUGGUAAAGUACCAGCAUUACUUUCAUUUCCACCAAAUGCCACUUGCUUCAGCUUUACCUGUGAAAAAACAAUGGCAGCAUUUGUAAGUGCAUGAACGGUUCAUGUACUUCAUGUUUAAUCACAUUGUGUAUUCCUUUAAUUCUAAAUAAAUUCUGAAUUGUGUAUCAGUUGAAAACAGACCAAUCUAAGUAUUGAAAGAAUUUAAAAUUUGCUGUAGGGCUAAGAUGCCCUCUUGCGUUUAGUGUGUUUCUGGUUUGUUCCAGGUACCUUGGUACCAGGAACUCUUUGUUCCAGGUACUCUUGCUUCCUCGUCCCCUUGCUAUUCCUGUUGUGUUGUACUAUGGCUUUGCCAGCACUCGGCCUCUUGUGUUUGUCACUGAUUUUCUCUAUUAUGAAUUGAAAAUGAGCUACAAUAGAAGGGGCAGCAUCAAAUCUUGCAAAAAGAGACUUUCAAAAUUCAAUGAAGGGUGAGAGACAUUUUCAUUCAAUGUGUCCAUGAGAUUUUUCUGCUACUGAAUUAAACUGUGCCAUUCCAGAAGAAUCAUGUAGCAAUUCAUUGAUCAGUUUCACAAAGCUGGAAUAAGUGAAAAUGGAGUGUCUAGUAAUUAAUUGUUUACAUGCAUUCAGUUGGAAACAUAAACUUUUUCUUGUAGGUUUUUUUUUUUUUAGAAUGCUAGAGGAAAUAGAAGUGUAAUCUUUUUUCUUUAGAAGCAGUGGCACAAAGUCUGAUUCUAAGCAGUUAAAUCAACAGCAGAUUUUAUGGUGCUAUAACGACCUGUUGGAAAUAUUUCAACAGAGGUCCUUUUUAAAGUGCACUCAGCGCUGAUAUGCAAAAUACAGUUUCACUGUAUAGUAUUAAAAAUGCAUGUGAGACUAAGGGUUAUCAAAACGGUUAAGGUAGCUCCUUAUUUUUCAACACUGUUUUUCUAAUUGGAUAGAGAAUAAAAAAAUUAGGAUUAUGAAUGCAUUUAAGAAAAUCCAAAGUCUGUUGUUUCCUCCUUUGGUAUCAAAAAUGCCAACAAAUUACAGUAGAAUAAAAGGUUGUCAUGCAUCAGCUGUAUAUGGUAUCUGUCCACAUCUUACUUUGUGGUGAUCUCCUGUAACAUUCUUUUAAAGCUAGUUUGCAGAGAAGUUGAAAACUGAAACAAUUCAAUAUUAAUUUUAGUACAGUAAUGACCAGAGUUACACAGAAACAAACAGAAAAAUCCAGCCAUUUCUCAGGAUAUGUGACUUCUACACCUUUCAAAUCAAGAACUUCAUUGCUCUCCGUGGUUAGCGUAAUGGUUUUUAAUAGGCAGAGUAUGAAGCAAACAAAGCUCAGUUUAUAUAAAUAUAUUCUUUUCAAUUUUAGUCUGGCAGACAGGACUAGUAACUGGGAAGAAGUCAUAGUUCACUUGAAAAUCAGAUAAGUUCAGGUAAAACUGAAGUGCAACAAUUUGUAAUAACCCGAAUUAUUUAACAUAGAAAUUUACUGAAAAUGCAACAGAAGUUAUAUUCUGUUGGAAGAUAAAUUGCUUGUUUCAAGUGGUUUUUCACCAUUUCUUUAGACAGUGUUGGUUUUAUAUAUAUAGGGAGCAAACGUGAAGUGACUCGCGCAUUUAAAUAUAGUAAAACACUGAAUGUUGGAGGGUUUGAAAUCAAAUAUAAGUAAGCUUACAAAUAUAAAAUUGAAGGCUUGAAUACUAUACUAAAAGAUUUAUGGGGUUUCCAUUUUGCAAGCUCAUUCAUCAGCUAAGAGUGUUUUACAAGACCAUUGUCGGCUGUUCACCAACUUUUUUAGGUCUCAGAUUUUAAACGUAUUUGUGUGCUUUAUGUCCUGUUUCUGUUGCAGCUAUGAGAAAGGGAGAUAACUGGGGGCAAGGGAAAGGGCUUGAGUAAAUGGAAGAGAGAAAAGACAGAUUUUGUAAGGCGGAGAGUAAGCACAAAAAAACCCAACUUCUCUACGCUACGAAGUAUAACGUGCCAAAGUAAAUAUUUUCAAAGUGCACAAUACUAGGAAUUACACAACUGAUGGGAACUUGACAUCCUGAGGUUAGUGUUCUGAUGAUAUUACUAACAAGGUUUAACUUGCCAAAAGGGCAUACUAUUCACAGAAGCAGAUUUAUGCUAACGUAACUCCUGUUUGUGAGAGUGUCUUUUGGGAUAAGUAGUGAAAGACUGGUCUCUGACAAGAAUGAGAAAUCACACUUUGCUAUGUAACUAAAGUAAUGUUGCCAAAUAUGAAAGCCCAGUAAGAAGCAUUUCAGGAAUUUCUCAGGUUAGAAUAACAAAAAGGAAAAAUGAGCUCUGUGGUCUAUUUCUGCCAGUUGCCAGACACAGGAAGCUAUUAGCUUUUCUGUGAAGGGGGGAAUCUUGCUGUGUCAAUGUUUUUAACCUUUGGAAAAUUGACUUUUUAAACCAGAUUUUAAGGUUAAAUCCUAAGAAAGCAUUAUUAAUAAUCCAUUUUGAUGUUAAAUGAGAAUGUGAUUUUAAUCCCGCAAUUGCAUGAGAAAAAUACUGGAAUAAGGUUCCUGCAGUAAAUCCAAAUAGCAGGUAAGCCAUUCUGUAUGUCUUAAAUUUAUUGUAAAACUGGCCUUGAUCAUUUUUGGAUUUUAAUGUUUUUCAAUAAAAAUUGUA